ACCGCCUCCUCGGGCCGGGCGGACUCGAUGCCGUGCUCUCCGACCCUGUCCCGCCCCGUCCCGGCCGUCUUGCCCCGUUCAUCUCUGUCUCGUCCCCUCCCGGAUGGCCGCGAUCUCUCGGGCACCCGCGGGCCGAGGGCAGGGCCACAGCCACAGCGCCCGCGGUGACCUCACCGUGGUGGACGUAGAGCUGGAGAACGCUGGAAGAACUCCGUCCCACCACGGCAGAUUCCUGAAAGUAUGCGAUGGAAACGCUUCUGGGAUCCAGCGGUGCCAGAUGCCAGGAAGCCCCGUGUGGGCAGGGAGCAGCCGUGUAGCCCAGAGCACUCUGGGCAGCGCCUCCCACACGCGGUUAAGCUCAGUCCUGAAUAAAGUGGCGCAACUAGAAAGCAAAAUUAUGGGCCGAAAAAAGUACCUGGAAUUGCAGACCACCGACUCGGGCCCGAAGCCUUUGGCUGAGGAGUGCACCUCAUCUGCCUCUGAGCAUGAAGGCGGUGCCAGGGGCAAGAAGUACCGGAAGAAUUACGGUACCAGCAGCGGGAAUGGGACCCGCAGGGAUGCCUGUUCUGAGGACGAGGAAAGCAUUCAAAGCCCUAAAAGGAAUGUUAUGGUUAAACAACAGCUUAAUCUGGAUAGCGAUGAAGAGGAAAUGAGAGAAUUGAUGAAGAGCUCUUUGGGGUUUUCUACUGGAAAUGGGAAUCAGGAAGUUCUGGAAAGUGAUGCUCAGUGUGGUAGAAAGAGCAAGACUCCAGUUCCAUCAGGAAGGGCUCCUCCACCUUGCAAGGAGGUUUCACCAGCAGAGUUAUCUCAAGCAUCUUCUAUUCACAACAAAGACUCAGAGAAAAGUGUGUUUGGUAGAGUUAAUUCACCAGCACCUUUGCCCGCCAGCAGAAACCUGUCAGGACAUACCAUGAGAUCUCGAUUGCUUUCGCCUUCCAUAAAAGACAACACCGUAAAGAUUGCUCUGCCUAAAGCAGGCUACACCAAGCAAAUCCAAGAAUCCCUUGAAAGUGACAGAAGCGACAUAAAGUCGUUGGAUGAAUUAUUUUCUAAAGGAGCUGAUGCAGAAGAUUCAACCAGCAGCAGCUUGAAACAUGUCAGACUGAAUAUCCUGAGCCUUGAUGAUUUGGCACCAGAUCCUUCCAGUAAGGCAGCAGAAUUAAAGCACAAAGGAAAGGACAUUUGGUUUACUCAAGAAUCAAACAAAUAUGUGAAAAAAGAUGCAUUGCUGGUGGAAGAGGACCAGCCCGCUCUUAAAAUGACCAGUGCAGUGACUGUUGUGAGUGAUUCUUCACUCACAGAGAAGGAAGAGGAAGUUGAAAAAUGCAUCUCUGAAGCUGAAAUCUGUGAACAUUUAAGUGGAGUUUCCUCACAUUUUCCUCCACGCAAACAGGAUUAUCUUAAUCAGAAUGAGAGAACUCUUAAUUCAGAAUAUUCUGAAGACUUUGAAAGGUCUCUGUCUACAACAGACCGGGAAUCUGUAGAGGGGCAUUCUGAGAGCUGCUCAUGUUCUGGAGUAUGCCCGUCUUCAGCGUCAUCCUCGUGGGCUACCCAAGAGCAGCACAACCGGAGGCACCAAGUGACCGUCACAGAAACCGCGGUUCAGACAAUAGAGCCUCCAUUCACCUACUGCUGGGCGAAGGCAAACCCCUCUGCAGUGCUCACCCCAUCUGUUGGAACCAGCUACAUCGAUCCAGUACCAAUUGCCAGUCACGUGAUCAGCAUGGAUUCAGUAGAAGCCCUGACCGCGUACAGCCCCUCAGUUCUCGUUUUACAUGCCCUGUGCAAGCAGCACGUGAUGCUGACCCAGCAGUUUGUUGAGAAUGUUCACCACCUUCACACAUCCCUCGUGGAGUCAUUAGAGCAUGAGAAGUUCCACUACCAUACCCUGGAAGAGGCUAAAGAGUACAUCAAGAAUCACAAAUCCCCACCUCUAACAAUUGAGCAAGCGCUUGAAGAAAUUCAGAGAGCCCAGGAGAAGUAACUGCUUGGGCAGUUAUUCAACUUCAAGUGACAUUUAUAUUUACAGCUCUAAGGCUGAAAUAAGAAACUUUUCCAAGUUGUACAGGCAAAAGGUUAUAAACUGUAUUGAAAUUAUAUGUACAAACUGCUAUUGAGUAAAAAUGAGUUAGUACAAGUUGCUAAUUGUUAUAUAUCAUUUACUUUUCUAUACCUGAAAGUUUUACUCACGUGCACAAUACAGGGAUACGCAGCGAGACUACGUCCGCAAAAGAGACAUUGAGAUAACACGUGUGUCUAAUGGGACCGUGAUAAGUCAUCACGAUGCACACGCUUAUCCCGUGAAUUGUCAGAUCCGUGACCGCAUCUAUGAUCGUGGUAGAAAUGAAAGUCUGUACUACAGCCCCUGAGAAAUAUGACCACAGUAGAAAAUAACCAUAUCCUGCCAUUAUCCAAACAGUGUUUCUAUAUAAUCAGCCUUGUCAGAUUACAA